AUGCUUUUCUACGCCCGCCUACACCGUUCUCCUUCGAGAUUUACACCGUGUCUAGGCAUAAAAGUAAGGCAUAGGUAUAUACACACCACUAGAGCAGUGUGGCAAGACCGACUAGACUCUUUAAAGGUCGAGCACUCGAAUUUCCUGUCCAGUGCUUCCUCAGAUACCAAGUGGAAGGACGACGACGGUAAUGGGGUCAUUGACAACACGGAGGCUGAGAUGAAGGAACUGAAAGAGGGUGAAGGAAAACUCUUACCAACCUCCUCCCAUCUCUUCAAGUUGAUUCUACCAAUAGACAAAAUAAGAGCCGACUGGAGUACCAAAACCUCCACCUCCGCCGAAACCAAUCACCCUCCCCGCCGUUCCGGUUCCGUCCCAACCGUACUUCUCCUCCAUCCCUCCCAACCAUUAUCUCAUCUCAGCCGCCUCAUCCUCGCAUCAUUAUCCCGACAAACUCACCCAGAAUCUCUCGAAAUCAAUUUUAAAAGCAGUCCUGCCAGUGGAACCUCACCUCAAUACGCUACCCAAUUCCAAUGGUCUGAUUCUACCGAUAUUGGAGAUUUCAUCCGCGACGCCGCAAGUGCAGCUGAAUUCCUGAUAUGUGUCACUCGAGAAUCCGAGGAAGGAGAUUCGUCGUCCACCACCACCACCACGAGGACGAAGGCGGCGCACCGGGCGCAGGGCAAAGAGACUGUCAUACCCACGUGA